AUGAAGCUUGGUCCGCUGGAUUUGGGGUUGGCGCGGCCUCUCGAGUUCACCUUGUCAGUCGUCGUCAAAACCAAUCCAAGCCCGCUCGACUUUCAAUUCGCUGCCGAUACUCUCGUUUCACAAUGGCCGGUGCUAAAUCUGCGCAUGGAUCCCUUGAAAACAAAAUUCUUGGAUCCAACAGACCCCGGCGACCUGUCCGAUGUAUGGGAAGGAAGACAUGUGAAGCGCGAUCUCAGCGAGAUUAUUGACUUCUCUACCAACGCGGACUCUCCACAGAUGGUGGAUUCGGAAGGGUUAGAAAAGGCCUUAGAUUUUGGUUAUGGUCUCCUCCAUGCAUGGAAGCAACGAGUGUUCUCCAUACGAACAUUAUUCUUGACCGAUGCCUGCAUAAUAGGGUUCAAGUUUCUCCAGCCGCUUUGCGAUGCAAAUGGUGCCCAUAAUAUAAUUCAAGCGUAUUGCAGUCUGCUGAGAGGAGAAAGAAUCACGCAUACUCUCCACGCUCGACCAUCACUGUCUCUGAAAUCCGAAGUACUUGAAAAAUGCGCAGAAAUGAUCGAAUCGCACCGGAUUGCAGACCUGCACAAACACACCAUGCAUCGGAAUUGGGCCUCCGGAAUCAGCGCUCUUGGAAGACAGAUGGGGCGGAACAUAUGCUACCCGUCCGCGAGACGGGUCGGCAAGACGAUGUUUAUUCCUCAAACAACGAUCCGGAGCUGGUUAAAAGAGGCCGCAAUGCAGAAAGCUCAGAUAACGGAACACGAUCUCGUGGUGUCUUUUAUCUUCAAGGCAUCCUUACACCCACCAACAGGUCAUACUUUCGGAGUUGCUAUCGAUAUCUCAAAACAGCUGCAGUCAGAGGCGAACCUCUAUAACCCCUGGUACAUGAUGCCUUUGCCAGACCCUAUGCCGUCAAGCGAGUAUAGCGCUCCUACACUGGUCCGAAUGGCAGUGUAUAUCCGGCAUACCAUCAACGAAGCGCAGCAACCAGAGUGCAUUGGAGAGAUUGUGGAUCAACACAAGAAAUUGAAGAAAGUUCCCAUGGUGCCGAAGUCAUAUGGUGGGCGAGCAGCUCAACCGCGCGUCGCGUCCUGGAAAAGCUUACCUCUUUAUGAUCUUGAUAUCCAGGGCGAGACUCCGCUCUAUGUACAGGGCAGUGUCGACUACUGCGGACUUCUACGUGAGACGAAAUCUCAUUUGGAUGAUGUGUUGGUGACGUGGAAAGCACAGGACCGGGAUGGGGAUGAUGGGGGUUACUGGGUUCAUGGGAGACUACCGGAGGACGUUUGGAGGCGUAUGGCGGAUAAUUUGAACUGCUGA